AUGGAAGACAUCAAGAAGACUUUUGCCAAGGCUAAGCAGGAGAAGCGCGCUGCCUUGGUAGCGUACAUCACUGCUGGAUAUCCUACCGUCGAGGAGACUGUGGAUAUCCUCCUUGGCUUGGAAAAUGGAGGCGCCGAUAUUAUCGAAAUGGGAGUGCCCUUCACUGACCCCAUCGCCGACGGACCAACAAUCCAGAAGGCUAACACCAAAGCAUUGGAGAACGGCGUCACAGUCACCACUGUCCUUGAGAAGGUCAGGGAGGCCCGCCGCAGAGGUCUCAAAGUACCGAUCCUUUUGAUGGGCUACUACAACCCUAUGAUGCGUUAUGGUGAGGAGCGUAUGCUCAAGGACUGCAGAGAGGCCGGUGUCAAUGGUUUCAUUAUGGUCGAUUUGCCCCCCGAGGAAGCUGUGCGUUUCAGAGAACACUGCACUAGCAAUGGACUUUCUUUCGUCCCCCUCAUUGCCCCCGCAACCUCAGAGUCCCGCAUGAAGCUCCUGUGCAAGAUCGCCGAUUCUUUCAUCUACGUCGUAUCGAGAAUGGGUGUUACCGGUGCCACCGGAAAGCUCAGUGCAAACCUUCCCGAGCUCUUGUCUCGUGUCCACAACUGGUCUGGCAAUGUGCCUGCUGCCCUAGGAUUCGGUGUCAGCACUCGUGAGCACUUUUUGACUGUGCAGGAUCUAGCUGAGGGAUGUGUUAUUGGUAGCCAGAUCAUCACUGUCUUGGGCCAAGCCCCUGCUGGUCAGGCGGCUAAGCACGCCGAGGAGUAUCUCUCCAGUGUCACCGGUCGCAAGCUCGAGAGGGAUGCGCAGGGUGCAAUUAUACGCCAGGUCAAUGUGAUUGAUUUCGUGGAGAAGAAGGAGCAGCCGGCCGUUUCACAGCCCACAGCCGUUGUCACUGAUGUCGAUGCGCCUUCGGGGCCGGGAUUGGCCGACCAGCUUGAAGCUCUCAAUGGCGGAAAUCCUUCUGCACAACCACAGCGUUUCGGUGAGUUCGGUGGACAGUAUGUUCCUGAAUCCCUCAUGGACUGCUUGGCCGAAUUGGAGCGGGGAUUCGCAGAGGCUUUGAACGACCCCAAGUUCUGGGAGGAAUACCGUUCUUACUACCCAUACAUGGGCAGACCUAGCAGCCUUCACCUUGCCAAUCGUCUUACAGAGCAGGUUGGAGGCGCAAACAUCUGGUUGAAGCGUGAGGAUCUCAACCACACCGGGAGUCACAAGAUCAACAACGCACUAGGCCAGAUUCUCCUUGCCCGGAGACUGGGCAAGACAAGAAUCAUUGCUGAAACGGGUGCUGGUCAGCACGGUGUUGCUACUGCGACUGUCUGUGCUAAGUUUGGCAUGGAGUGUGUUGUCUAUAUGGGUGCAGAAGAUGUUCGCCGUCAAGCCCUGAACGUUUUCCGCAUGAAGCUCCUCGGUGCCUCCGUGGUGGCCGUUGAUGCUGGAAGCCGUACCCUGCGUGAUGCUGUCAACGAGGCCCUCCGUGCCUGGGUUGUUGAUCUGGACACCACUCACUACAUCAUCGGCUCUGCAAUUGGUCCUCACCCGUACCCUACCAUUGUGCGUACCUUCCAGUCUGUCAUUGGUGACGAGACUAAGCAGCAAAUGAUGGAGCAAAUCGGCAAGCUGCCCGACGCAGUCGUCGCCUGUGUCGGUGGUGGCAGCAACGCCGUCGGCAUGUUCUACCCCUUCUCUAAGGACACCAGCGUCAAACUUCUGGGUGUUGAAGCCGGAGGUGACGGCGUCGACACUGACAGACACUCUGCCACCCUCUCUGGUGGUAGUAAGGGCGUGUUGCACGGUGUCCGCACCUACGUUCUGCAAGACGAGCACGGCCAAAUCUCCGAGACCCACUCCAUCUCCGCCGGUCUCGACUAUCCCGGUGUCGGCCCGGAACUGAGCAACUGGAAGGACAGCGACCGUGCCCAGUUCAUCGCCGCCACCGAUGCCCAAGCCCUCGCCGGUUUCCGCGCCCUCGCCCAAUGCGAGGGUAUCAUCCCUGCCCUGGAAUCCUCUCACGCCAUCCACGGCGCCAUGGAACUCGCCAAGACCAUGAAGAAGGGCGAAAACAUCGUCCUCAACCUCAGCGGCAGAGGUGACAAGGAUGUCCAGAGCGUUGCCGAUGAACUUCCCCGCCUAGGUCCUAAAAUCGGUUGGGAUCUGCGUUUUUAA